GAGUGGAGAUCCUGCAUGAUGACCAGUGGGGAACAGUGUGUGAUGAUAUCUGGGACCUGAAUGAUGCAGAGGUGGUGUGUAGACAGCUUGGAUGUGGUAAAGCUGUCACCGCUCAUCAAAAUGCCCACUUUGGUCAGGGAAGUGGCCCAAUAUGGCUGGAUGAUGUUCAGUGUUCUGGAAGUGAAAGCACCAUCACACAGUGCUCUCAUAGAGGAUUUGGAUCACACAACUGCAACCAUGGUGAAGACGCUGGUGUUACUUGCUCAGUUCGAGAGAUCAGGCUGGUGAAUGGUCCGACUAACUGUUGUGGUCGAGUGGAGAUCCAGCACAGAGCCCAGUGGGGAACAGUAUGUGAUCAUCUCUGGGACUUAAAGGAUGCAGAGGUGGUGUGUAGACAGCUUGGAUGUGAUAAAGCCGUCAGUGCUCCUGGAAAUUCCAAAUUUGGUCAGGGAAAUGAACCAACCUGGCUGGAUGAUGUUCAGUGUAAAGGAACUGAGAGCUACAUAGAUCAGUGUUUACACAGGGGAUUUGGAGUAGAGAACUGUGGACAUGAUGCAGAUGCAGGUGUCGUGUGUUCAAACAUGCAGAGUCCCACACUGACUCGGAUCUCCCCAAACUCUGUGGUCUCACCUGGAGAAGUUCUUCAGUUCACAUGUACCACACCCAGUCCAACAUGCAUCUCUGUAGACUUCAGUUUGUAUAAAACUGGGACAUUAAUAAAGAAUCAAACUGCAGAGACUACAACAACAUUUACUCUGACUGUAGAUGAAUCACAUCAGGGUCAGUACACCUGUGACUACUCCUACAGGGAAAGUAACUCCACAUCAUCCAGGAGCAACUCUAUUACCAUUACUGUGGUGAACUUGCAGCGGCCCAAGAUCUCCUUCAGUGCUGCUGAUGGAUGGUCCCACUAUAGGCCUGAAGGGCCAGAAAUGAUCAAGGGCUAUGGCUUCUCCAUCAUCUGCUCCACUGAACCUCAGUAUCAAGGAGGUUUCUUCCACUUGGGGUUCAGUGGAUCCAACAUCACCAGAACUCAGUCAGCUGUGAACCACUCAGCCGUCUUCCUUUUUCCUGAAGCAGAUUUUGAUCAUCAGGGAAACUACAGAUGUACUUAUGAAGUUAACGUGUCUUCACGUACCUUUACCUCCACUCCCACUGAACCCCUUUUCGUCACUGUGAAAGUAUAUCUGCCUCCCUACAUUGGUAUUGGAGUGACAGCAGGACUUCUUCUCAUCUUAGUUCCAGUCAUCAUUUGCUUCAUGAAGAAACAGAAAAGACGGAAAUUUCAGAGGGACAAGAACAAUGAUUCACAGUGUGCCAAAAACACAUAUGAGUUUCCCCAAGCAGAGAUUGAGACAGAUGGCGAAGAUGUUUAUGAAAAUGCAGAAACCAUUUUCUGUCAGAAGGAUGAUUCGGAGAACUUGGAUAACGACUACAUUAAUUUCGAGGCUGAUGAAGAGAGAAGUGAUGCAAAUGUUGUCUAUAUUAAUGUUGAUGCUGUGGAACAAAGACGUAAAAUGGACAAUGACUAUGAGGAUGCAGAAAUUUAUGCAAACUGUGUAGAGUAGUGUGGAGAACUAAAAUAUUAUCCAAAAUCCCAUAUGUUUUCCAUAAAUUGAUGCAGGUACAGACUCAAGUGCAGGAUAAUAGAAAUGUAGCAAACAAAACAGAUUUAUCCCAGGGCAAAGUCAAGCAGUUAAACCAAAGUACUGAGCUGGUAGCCAGACUUAGGUAGACUCUGUAUUACAUGUAAAAGGUGCUGCAUCAAAGUAAUAGUUAAGGAGUGUGUACACUUUGCAGACGAUUUAUUCUAAAUUUACUCUUUUUU